AUGGCGGGCCAGCACCGCGCCGGGAGCCACACGCCGGAGGGCAGCGCCCUGCGCGGCAGAGCGCCCAGCCGGCAGCCGCUCAGGCAGCAUUUCAAGGGCGGCAUCGCGGAUCUGCGGAGGUUGGGUUCGGGAGUGUCGCGCGCCCACUCCACGCCAGAGCUGCGCGCCGUUGCUGGCGGCCUGGCGGUGAAGGACGAGAGCAGCCAGGAGACGCUCAGCUUUUCGUGGCCGCAGCUGGCGUCCGUGCCGGUCGAAGAGACAGAACGGGAGGCGCGCGGGCACCACCCGUCCCAGGGUUGGCGCUGGAUGCCGCACCACCUGUCCAAGGACGCGCUGUGGAAAAAGAUCAGGGAGGAGGCGGCGGAGGACGCUGUGGCGGAGCCGACGCUGGCGAGCACCCUGCACAGCACCGUGCUCGUGCACCAGAGCUUGGAGAAGACGAUGGCGUUCGUCAUCGCGAACAAGCUGGCGUCCUCCACGCUGCUGGGAACGCACCUGAUGCGGCUGUGCCUGGACGCGUUCGAGGAUGACCCGGCCAUCAUAGAUGCCUGCAAUGCCGAUUUGCAGGCGGUGAUUGAUCGCGAUCCUGCAUGUGACAAGUACACACAGUGCAUGUUGUACUUCAAGGGCUAUCAAGCUGUGCAGAGCCACCGAAUUGCCCACUGGCUGUGGCAAAAAGGCAGAAAGGCGCUUGCAAUGGCACUGCAGAGUCGUGUGUCUGAAGUCUUCCAUGUUGACAUCCAUCCUGCUGUGAGCAUUGGGCGAGGGAUCCUGAUGGACCAUGCGACUGGGAUCGUGAUGGGGGAAACGUCUAUCAUUGGUGACAAUGUCAGCAUGCUGCACCACGUCACAUUGGGUGGCAGCGGAACUGGAAAGGGAACCCGGCAUCCUCAGAUAGGGCAUGGAGUCCUGCUGGGGGCGGGCGCUACUGUCCUGGGGCCCGUUCACGUUGGAGAGGGCACAAAAAUCGGCGCCGGCACUGUCGUGGUGGCAGAUGUGCCAAGCCACUCUGUGGCUGUGGGGGUGCCAGCAAGGAUUAUCAAGUCGAACAAGAAGCCCGAGCCGUGCCAAAGCAUGGACCAAUGCAGCGGCUUCAAAAACUAUCAGAUAUGA